GGCCGUUUGUUUGUCCCCCCUCCCCGGCUACGCUACUUGUUGCUGCAGGCUUUGGGGGUUGGUUCAGCCUCAACAUUCAACUUCCAUCCAUCUUCUAUCGUCUAUCGUCUAUCUUCGCUUGUUUUUUUUUUAUCUUGCCCUCCCCUUCCACCUUCACCUCCAUCAAACCCAUCCAUUUUGCACUAGUGCCAGUUGGACAGCUCACGGUGCUUUCGUGUUGAUCCCCUCCUCCAACCUCCCUGAAGAGAGCUGAUACGUCUCGGUUUCUGCUUCGCUCUCUAUUAUUCAUUCUUCCUCCUCCUCGCCCUUGCCUAUCAGCUUUUUAUUUUUUUAUGUUUUAUUUGUUUUUAAGUUGUCCCUUUAGUACAAUCUGCCUGCCACACAGUACAUUAAAUAUAUAUCCCCACCGGUCAUCACUCUGAACAAUGACAGCCUGUGCCUCAAUCAUCCUGCUCCAAGUCUUAAAGGAGCUUCAUGGUGCCUGACACACCCAAACUGUCUUGUGCGCCCUAAUCUUGAUUUUCCCACCCUCUGACCUUUUGUCCAAAUCCGAGGUUUGCCGCCAAUCCUGUAGUCAUACCAUACCUGCAAGACUCAGACGCUCAGACGCGGAAACUAUUAUCCUGAGCGACUUUUAUAUCCAUACUCGUCUUAACCCCCCAAUCAAGUAUUGGCCACCGGAAUUAUUUCUGCGCGAAAGAUAAAAAAAAAAAAAUCCCCAUCUCUUCUGAUGGUGCAUAUCUCUUAUCGGAGAAGAAACCAAAAGAAGCAUUUCGACUGGGUUAGGCUGUAGGAUUUGGGAUUUCUUUUGUUCACCCGUUUUCCCGUUUCUAUCCAUAUAUAUAUAUAUCAUUACUAAACGCCCCGAUUUACACCUUUCUGUGGCUAUAUCUAUCCCAUUGACAGGGCAUUGAAAAACCGUUUCUCAGGAGUUUGGUACCUAUAUUCAAAUGUCCGAGUCGACGCCUACAAAAAACAUUUGGCCUGACACUAGUUCGUCCGCUUUGGGAUCAGAUGGUACCGCACCAUCCCACAUAGAUGAUGCGAGUGUCUCUACUUUAAGUGGCUCAACUGCCAUGCCGACCGACGUUUCACCACGGCGGCCAUCGGUCCAGUUCAAUGUCGAGACCUCUGCGGCUCAAAUAUCGAAAAAACGGACCGAUGGCACAAGGGGAACUUUGAACAGCCGCAGCAUCGGCAGAUUUCCAUCUCCUCCCCCACCAAGGUUAGUUUUCGUCCAUUCGUCACUUCAGCGUCUGUUCGUAGUUCGUCACAAAGGAAUCAUUCCAUUUUCCCCGCGUAAAUGACGUUUUGAUUUCUCCUCGUGGCUUGGCGGUGUGGCUGGAAGAGAGUUUUUGUGAUUAUUCAUCCCACCAAUUCGCAUACUUUGCACCUUGCCCCUGCGCACUGCGCCUCGGCGUCUGUGGUUUGCCUCCAAGGAGUCCAGGGUCAUCCAGUCAUAAACCCCAGAAGCAGCUGCAGAGUACAACCAGUGCGACGGUCCAUUCACCAUUUACAAGCACCAAAUAAUAUUUGCAAUAUGAAUGCAUCCCACUCUGACAGCCAUGAUGAAUAUCAUCCUGAUACUACGCUAACACCUUCUCACGAUGCCAGUGCUUAUAAUCGCGGGGUUUCGUUCGACACAUUUGACAACCGUGACGCCACCGAUUUCUCAUUAACGCUCAACUACAAACACAGAGACUACCACCCCACGCGGCGCAGUCGGACAUUCCUCUGUGGCACUGAUCAGAAUGAUUAUUCCGAUUUCGCACUUGAAUGGUUAAUUGACGAACUCGUUGACGAUGGCGAUGAAAUCGUCUGUUUAAGAGUUGUUGAGAAAGAUUCGAAGGUCGCCAGUGACGCAAGCGUGGAAGAAAGAAGAUACAGGCAAGAGGCCCAAAAACUGCUUGAUCAAGUCAUUGCGAAAAAUUCGGAUGAGAAAGCGAUCAGUUUGGUACUGGAAUAUGCUGCGGGAAAAGUGCAGGAGAUUAUACAACGAAUGAUCCAAAUCUACGAACCUGCGGUGCUCAUUGUCGGAACUCGCGGACGCAGCCUGGGUGGAAUGCAAGGCCUUCUUCCGGGCUCAGUGUCUAAAUAUUGUCUCCAACAAUCGCCCAUCCCCGUUAUUGUCGUCCGCCCCUCAACAAAGCGCGAGAAAAAGAAACAGAAACGUCUUGCAAAUCCGACGCGGCAAAGGUACAACCAUGUCCUUCGAUUGAAUGAUAUGAAGAGCGGCCGAUUAUUUGACAAGUCACGAAGCACUGAUAGCAUUGUCACAAAGUUACCAGAAGAGGAAGCCGCCGUUGCUCACGCUAUAGGGGUGCAGGAUAUAGGAGGAUGUCCCGCGGGCGCUCAUACAGGCCGCGGCCCACGGCUAUCCUUUUCCAGAGACACCGCAUUUAGGACAAUUACAGACGACAAUGAUUAUGACAUGGACGGGGAUAGACGCAGCUCGAGCAUUCCUAACUCAGAGUCAACUGCAUCCGGCUUGUCGUCCGCCUUGAGGAAUCAACGUAUCGAAAGCCCGGCUAUGACGGACGACGAAGGUGACGAAGACGAGAGAGAUACUGGUGGUGAUGAUAAUGAUGACAACGAACCUCGCGAACGGGCACAUGUCUCGAGCGCUCCUAAUGGUAGGCGCCAGCGCAGUUCAGAGGAUGCGACAACGACCUCAACACCUCCCAAAAAACCCCCCCCUCGUACCCCAUUACCAAUGUAACAGUUACAGAAUAUACGCCCCAAUGUUGAUGAGCCUCACUGAUGGGAACUAAUAAACAUGUCUGCGGCCACCACGGAUGCACGGGAGGGGCAGAUAUUUUGCUUCGUUCUUAACCUUUAGUUUCGGUUUUUUAUUUUUUUGCCUACGUUGUCGUAACCAACGUCUUAUAUAGGUAUUUUUCUGGCGUAUCUAAUCUUUUAAAUAAUGAUCCCUGCUCAACAGCCAGGUUUCAACCUACGUGACGCGCGGGGGAUGUAUACAUGUGUGCUUGUUUUGCAGUCUUGAUAUGAUACCUCGAUGAUAAAAACUCCACGCUUGUGUAGUCUAUUUCUCCCACAUACCUAUCUAGGGGAUCGCGAUGUUUCGCUAGGUUCUCCAAGUAUAUGGACAUACUAUGCUGCAUUCAUGAUUAUGUGAACUGUUUUAUAUAGCUGUUGGAAUUGAGGGGACGGGGUUAGUUACAAGCUAGGUUGAACGGGGUUGUAUAUAUAUAUAUAUAUAACUAACUCGUUCAUUAGCAUUAUAUUGUGGUUCUAUUUCUUCUACUUGUGAGGGACUUGGGGUAGUUAAAGUGGUUUUUUGACACAUGGAGAUGGAUAUCCAGGAUGGGGUUAAUUUGGCUGCCACCGACACUACUACUACCAGUGGGCGGUUUGGUGGUGUGUGAGUGAUUGUCCAUACAUAUAUAUGUAAGGUACAUACAUAAAACUGCAGCAUAUAGCUAUCUAUGUAGCUGGAAACGUUUGUUUUUUUCCUUCCCUCCCCCUUCGACGAUCCCUCUUCCCCGUCACACCCGCCGUACUUAUCAGCAUGGGGAUUCCACGAAUAUAGUAAAUCUAUACCAUAGCAUGGAAAAUACCCGCCUGCCCGCGCACGCCACGGCAUCAUGAGUGAGUAAAAGUUAAAAUAAAUUAUUGGAAGAGAAAUAAUAAUCGAGGAUGGGGGGUGAAGGGGGGCACCUAACAGCAUCAGUUGCAAACGAUUUUGCCCCCCUUCUCCGCGGCUUCUACUCCCUCCUUUUUUUUUUUGAGAUUGUCAAUGGGAAGAAAAGGCCACAGUAGCCUCGGACAUGUCAGCCUCGGAUGAUGUGUAACUGUUGAAUGAUCGUUUGGGCUCUCAUGCCGUUCGCAGCCGUUGGGCCUAUGAGCGUGAGGGCUUUGGAUGAGGAGGGUGAAAGGUGAAAGGGUUUCGGGAAGAGCAUAAAAUAUGUGAUAUAGGCGGAGAUUGAAACUGUAGGGCAAUCUUUUUUAAUAAAAAAAAUUGUUUUAGCAGACAAGGGACGGAAAGCUUA